AUGGCGGGGAUGGAAGUUCAAAUCUCUACCGAGACUCGCGCGGCAUUAAAGGCGGACCUCACCUUACGGUGCGUGCUUCGGGCCAAGUUUCGUCAUGAUAGGUCCCGCCGCUCUGCAGAUGUCAUCCCCUGGGCACAGUCGCGUGUUGUGAGACUCAGCAGCGCCGUCAUCCAAGAAGUUGGGCAGCAAACGGCCGGUUUUAGCUGCGAUCAACGACUUACAACCGAGAUUUCCGAAAGCUUUCACUUGAAACGGCCAAUCCAUCUGAUCACUCAGAAGGGGAGCGGUUAUAUUAUGCGAAGGGACAAGCGGGCAGACGCAAGGGUGGCUGAACAGUACUUGGACAUGAGCAGCAUCGACAAAGGUCCACGGGCCUUCUUUUCUGAUUUAAAGCACCCGCCUUUUUAUGAUAAGAAUGGGCGACGCAUGGAGAACUGGGAGGAGGUGAUGGCUGACUCGCCGGAAGGGAGUGAGCCAGAAGAAGAGGACAAAUCAGACAACAACAUUAAGGGCAGCGAACAGGAUAAGCUGGCAAAAGAUAGUGAUUUGAAAUAA